AUGACACAAAAAAAAAUUGAUGAUCUAUUUUCUCAAGCAUCAUCAUCAUCAUCAAUUCGUUCAAGCAAACGUUCUCGUGUAACUCAAAUAGCUCCAAAUGAUCGUGAUGAAUUUGAUGAUUUAUUUGAAUCAACUAGUUCAACAAAACGUCGUCGUACAAAUAAUAAUAAUAAUAAUAAUAUAAAACAAUCAACAGAUGUUUUUGAUUUUGAUGUUCCAUCAACAUCAACAAAUAAUUUAAAGAAAAAUGAAAAUGAAAAAUCAUCAAACUCAUUGAAAAAGAAACGAAGUUUUGUUAUUGAUGAUGAUGAUGAAAGUAAAGUGAUAGAUGAACUUUUCAAUAAUGAUACACGAAAAAAAGCUCGACGUCCAAUAAAACAAGAAGAAUCAACUGAUGUAUUAGAUAUGUUUAAAACAAAAAUAAAUACAAAUAUUCCUCAAAUAAUAUCAAUUAAUGAUGAUUUUAAAAUACCUAUUAAUCCUAAAAUUUCGACUACACAAAAGAAAAUAAAAAUGUUUUUUGAUGAUACUGAUCUUACAUCACUUCGUGAACAAACAAAUGAACAAAAUGAUAUAAAAGAGUAUGUUUAUGUCAAACCUGUGGUGAUUACUGGUGGACAAUGGUUAUCAAAAGAAGAUGAAACAAAGUCAACAUGUGGGACUAUUGAACCAUCUGAUAAUCCAACUAUUGAUAAUAAUAUUCCGGAUGAUCAACGUAAUUUAAUGCAUAUUCAAUAUGCUUCACUUAUUGUUGAUGAUCAAAUUGAUAAUAGUAAUAAAUCUAAACGUAAUUCUUUAACAAAGAAAUCAUCUGCUAAUUCAAGUAAAAAAAUUCUUGAUGGUAAAUCAUUUCAAAAACAACUUGUUUUAUCCGAAUCAACAAUUGUACGAAAAGAAAAUCUUCAAAGUUGUUAUAAUGCUUUGCUUGAAGAUAUUAAUAAACCACGAGUACCUAUAACAUCAUCAAAUAAACAAAAAAAAUCGUUCACAUCAAAAUCUCUUUCAAAUGAAGAAAUUAUUAUUAGUGAUGAUGAACAUAUGGAUAAUGUUGAUUUUUUUGAUCUUUCAUCUCGAAAAAAGAAAUUUUGA